CAUCUGACAAUAGUAGUUUAGCUACUACAGACUUGCCACCAAGUUAUUCCACUGUAUGCAAAGACAUACCUGAAGAAGAAAAGGAGAUUGAUCCAUGGGACAUGCCGGAACUUAAAAGUACAGGACCAAAGUGGUCAGAAAUGAACACGAAACAACGCAUCUUGUCUGUUCUGAAGGGAAUCACAAGGUUUAUCCUCUUAGUGGCAUUGCUGUAUUUCUUUGUGUGUUCUCUGGAUGUGUUGAGCUCUGCCUUCCAGUUAGUUGGAGGCAAAGCUGCAGGAGAGAUUUUCAAGAACCAUUCUAUUCUGUCCAAUCCUGUUGCUGGUAUAGUGAUUGGUGUCCUGGUGACUGUCCUUGUACAGAGCUCAAGUACAUCCACAUCUAUUGUGGUCAGCAUGGUGUCAUCUGGACUUUUAACGGUCAGGACAGCCAUUCCUAUCAUCAUGGGAGCCAACAUUGGUACAUCGGUCACAAACACUAUUGUGGCGCUGAUGCAGUCCGGUGACCGGAAUGAGUUUAGAAGGGCUUUCGCUGGAGCUACUGUCCAUGAUUUCUUUAACUGGCUGUCGGUGCUGAUCCUGCUGCCAAUUGAAGUAGCAUCAGGAUACCUGUACCAUCUCACCAAUGCCAUUGUGGAUUCUUUUAACAUACAGACUGGAGAGGAUGCCCCAGAUAUGCUGAAGGUUAUCACUGAGCCUCUUACCAAAGGAAUCAUCCAGCUUGAUAGGAAAGUCAUACAGGAGAUUGCCAAUGGGGAUCCAGCCGCUCAGAACAAGAGUCUGAUCAAGAGAGAUUGUGGAUCCAAGGUGUGGGUAAAUGCUUCAGUACCCGGCCCAGAAAACUGCACUGCUGACAGAAUUUGCUGGACGGAUGAAAACAAUGUGACAUGGACAGAGGUCCCAGAACAAGUUAAAGUCUAUUGUGCGCACCUGUUCGCCAAAUCAAAUCUCCCAGACCUGGCAGUCGGACUUAUCCUCUUGGUACUGUCACUUCUAGUGCUGUGUGUCUGUCUGAUCCUAAUCGUUAAGCUCCUGAACUCAAUGCUGAAGGGACAAGUAUCUGUGGUCAUCAAGAAGGUCAUUAACACCGAUUUCCCUUUCCCAUUCGCAUGGCUGACGGGUUACUUGGCAAUGUUGGUGGGAGCCGGGAUGACAUUUAUUGUACAAAGCAGCUCUGUCUUCACAUCUGCAAUAACUCCACUCAUCGGUAUUGGUGUGAUUAGCAUAGAGAGAGCUUAUCCCCUGACGCUUGGGUCUAACAUUGGAACAACAGCAACAGCGCUGCUGGCUGCCUUAGCCAGUCCUGGGGAAACCUUAGAAAAUUCUGUGCAGAUUGCCUUAUGUCACUUUUUCUUCAAUAUAUCCGGGAUCCUUAUAUGGUAUCCCAUUCCCUUCAUGAGAAUACCUAUUCGUCUAGCUAAAGGCCUAGGAAACAAGACAGCCAAAUACCGGUGGUUUGCCGUCGUUUAUCUGAUUCUCUGUUUUUUCUUGCUGCCUCUGGCGGUGUUUGGUUUGUCAAUCGCUGGAUGGCAGAUUCUUGUGGGAGUUUGUGUCCCUAUUGUGUUUGUGAUAAUUGUCGUCAUUGUCAUCAGUGUUAUGCAAGCCAAAUGCAAACGUGUGCUGCCAGACUUCCUGAAGACAUGGGACUUCCUUCCCAAGUGGAUGCAUUCUCUAAAGCCGUGGGAUUCUUGGAUGAUCAGUGCUACUCUGUUCUGUGGUCGCCGAUGUUGCUGCUGCUGCAGCAAAUUCAAAUGCUGUAAAUGCUGCCAACCCAAUGAAGAUGAAGAGUCAUCUUUUGACAAGUCCCAGGCCCUGGAAUGUCAUGAGAAUGUUGUUGACUUGAGUGAUGAACUGUCAACUAUUGACAACAAAGAUCAAGGGAAGAGCCUGAGCCUUACUUCCUUGUAGAACAAGUGGAAGCAGGGUCUGCCAAGAGAACUGUAUAGACUAUCGUCCCACUUUAAUAUUUAUUAUGGACAUUAUAAAAGUGACCCUUUCCCUCCUACUAUGAGUGGCUGCAUCAGGAAGAGCCCAAACAAUAGCCCGUAUUCUCUGUUCUAUGUGAAUCAAGUUCUGACUUCUACCUCUUAAUUGUGCCAAAGUGCUGCAGUCAUUACAAAAUCCUAAUAAUGGUGUCACACCCCUAUGAAACAUUCUUUGCAAUAUAGAAUAGAUAAAAUAAUUGGGAGAGAGUGACAUC